AUGCCUGACUCAGCUCCUACAGUACUAAUCCUUGGGGGCAUCACCACCCUCGCUCGCCCUCUUGCGCUAUACUUCCUCAACUCGUCCCCACCCCUAGCUUCAUUCGUCCGAAUCGCGGACCGUUUCACCAUUUCGCCCCCAUCGACCUAUCUCGAUCGACCCUUUCGCGAGCUCCUGCAGACAGACCAGCUAGAAUAUCAACAGAUCAACCUGUCGAAUGUAGCGAGACAUGCCGAGCUUCUCACCCACGAGACGAAGGGGUUUGACGUGGUCUACGAUCUGACGGGGGAGAUGGGGUUUGACAAGUCCGAGAUAACGCAAAUCUCCAACACACACUCCCUUGCGCUCUCCCUCGCUACCUCCGCUCUGGAACCAGCAGUCCGACCCAAAGCGUACAUCCGCCUCACCUACUCAUACUACGAAAUGAAGUCCCUCGCAUCGUCCUCUGCGGGCCAUACCGAGUCGGCCGACCUGAAGCCGGAUGGGGUGCGAGGGAGAUGGUGGCAUGAGACUCUGCGGGGACUCGGGGCGCUCAGGGAGAAGGGGCUGAAUGUGGGCGUGAUCCGGGCGGGAGCAUGGUACGGGCCCGGGAUGUGGGGCGGGGAGGUCGUCCCGAGAUUGGUUGCGGGGCAGGUGUACCAGUAUUUAAAGGAAGAGAUGAAGUUUCUGUACAAUUCCGACCUCCGUAUCAAUACCAUCCACACGACAGAUCUCGCGCAAUCCCUACACCUCUUAUCGCUAUACCUCCUCAAACCCAACCCCGCCCUCGUCAAGAUCCCCUUCUCGUUCCCUCCACCUCCAGCCUCUUCGUUCCUGCUCAAGGAUAAGCGCUCCUCGGUCAGCGAUGUAUGGAAGACCACCCCGCUCGUCGUCAACCCCGACGUCGAGGUCAGCCUGCCCCUGUUCAACGUGGUCGAUAGUGCCAACUCGACGCAAGGGGACCUGGGGAAGGCCGUAGCGGAGGUAUGGGGGAUCAAGUAUGGGUUUUUGAAUGCUACGAUGGCGAUGCUGGUGCAGCAAUUUGCAAAGACCGACUUUACAGAAAUGAUUGAGGACGUCAAUGAAAUGCAUGUCGAAGCAUGGUCUAAGAUGUUAGCAGCUUCGGAUCCGCCUAUAGAGAGUACACCGAUCACGCCGUUCCUGGAUGAGCAUGCCUUCAGGAAAAUGGCAAUCUGUCUAGAUGGGUCCAGGGCGAGACUGCUGCUGGGUUUCAAGCCCGCACAUCCCAGGGUGGAGGUGGCGGAGCUGAGAGCGAUAGUGAAGGGCUUUCAGGAGGAGGGGAUAUGGUGA